GGUUAGUGGAACACGGGCGCAACUGGGCGGCCAUCGCCAAGAUGGUGGGCACAAAGAGCGAAGCCCAGUGCAAAAACUUCUACUUUAACUACAAACGGAGGCACAACCUGGACAGCCUCCUUCAGCAGUACAAGCAGAAGUCUUCUCGAAGGCCGCGCGAGGAACGGGACGUUUCGCAGUGUGAGAGCGUGGCGUCCACCGUCUCUGCGCAGGAAGAUGAGGACAUCGAGGUCUCCAACGAGGAAGAGAACCCGGAAGACAGCGAAGGUGCCGAAAACAGCUCCGAUACGGAAAGCGCCCCGUCUCCUUCUCCGACAGAGCCGUCCAAACCUUUGGAAGACGCCCCUCCGGACAGCAUCUCUUCCCAAGUGACCGCUGAGGCGGCGGCUGAGCAGGACUCUGCCGUAAAACCGGCCCCCGGUGCCUCCCCUCCCUCGCCAACCCCGGGCCCGAAGCCGGCCGAGAGCGAAGGGGCUGAGCUGCGGGUGAAAGAAGAAGCCAAAUCCGAAGUGGAGGAGCUGAUGGAGACGGAGGGCAGGGCCUCCCUGGUGGACACCAAGCCCGUCCUCAACCUGGCCGCUGCUGGCACCAAACUGGAGCCCGUAGAGAUGGACACCAAGCCGCCCUUAGACAUUCAGGUCAAGGUGGAGAACGAGGUCAAAGAGAGGGAUGAGGACGGGCCGAAGGAGAAGCUGGAGCCAGAGGGAGGGGAUUUCGGCUCGAGCCUCCCGGCCAGCAUCCACCGGAUGGAACCCAGCUCCGACAACGACUCCAGCGCCACUUGCAGUGCCGAUGAAGAGGUGGACGGGGAGCCCGAGAGGCAGAG